GGGGGCGCUGACGUCACGGAAAAGCCCCGCGGCGGGUCGGCUGGGCUGGUUAUAAACCCCCGGCCGCGGCGGCUGCAGGCGGCGGGCACGGACGGCAGGCACAGCGCAGCACUCCCCGCUCGUUGGCCCGGGUAUCCCAGCGCGGACCCACGCGAUACGCUGACGCCCCGACGCCGAUCCGGCCGAGCCAAGUAAGGGGGGCGGCCCGGGACGGAGAAGGGAGAGAGUGGGAGUUUCCCAGCCCGCAGAACUUUCGAAGUUGAGAAAAGAACCCCUGGAACGUGCGCUCAUCACUGGGAUUUUCUGGACCCAACGAUGACUCUGAAUAAUGUCACCAUGCGCCAGGGCACUGUGGGCAUGCAGCCACAGCAGCAGCGCUGGAGCAUCCCAGCCGAUGGCAGGCAUCUGAUGGUCCAGAAAGAGCCCCACCAGUACAGCCACCGCAACCGCCAUUCUGCUACCCCUGAGGACCACUGCCGCCGAAGCUGGUCCUCUGACUCCACAGACUCAGUCAUCUCCUCUGAGUCAGGGAACACCUACUACCGAGUGGUGCUCAUAGGGGAGCAGGGGGUGGGCAAGUCCACUCUGGCCAACAUCUUUGCAGGUGUGCAUGACAGCAUGGACAGCGACUGCGAGGUGCUGGGAGAAGAUACAUAUGAACGAACCCUGAUGGUUGAUGGGGAAAGUGCAACGAUUAUACUCCUGGAUAUGUGGGAAAAUAAGGGGGAAAAUGAAUGGCUCCAUGACCACUGCAUGCAGGUCGGGGACGCAUACCUGAUUGUCUACUCAAUCACAGACCGAGCGAGCUUCGAGAAGGCAUCUGAGCUGCGAAUCCAGCUCCGCAGGGCCCGGCAGACAGAGGACAUUCCCAUAAUUUUGGUUGGCAACAAAAGUGACUUAGUGCGGUGCCGGGAAGUGUCUGUAUCAGAAGGGAGAGCCUGUGCAGUGGUGUUUGACUGCAAGUUCAUCGAGACCUCUGCGGCUGUCCAGCACAACGUGAAGGAGCUGUUUGAGGGCAUCGUGCGACAGGUGCGCCUUCGGCGGGACAGCAAGGAGAAGAACGAACGGCGGCUGGCCUACCAGAAAAGGAAGGAGAGCAUGCCCAGGAAAGCCAGGCGCUUCUGGGGCAAGAUUGUGGCCAAAAACAACAAGAAUAUGGCCUUCAAGCUCAAGUCCAAAUCCUGCCAUGACCUCUCUGUACUCUAGGAACCCAGGGUCACCCAGAUGUCCCUUUGAUGGCCGUUGUUGAAGGCCAUUGGGACCAAUAAUCUAUAUUAGAUUGAAUACUUAAGUUAGAUGUGGUUUCCCCCAUUGUAGCAGGGAGCUAGCGUAUUAGCCUUGUGGGCAACAUGAUGCAUGGGAAAUGAAAGAUUUUUGUAAAAAGUCAGUAUUUAUUUCCAGGAAAAGUCUGACCUUGCUAUUUGAACACCCAAGACUCUUUCGAGGAAGUGUUUGGUGUUCACAGGUGUUUCUUCUCUUUUGGAUGGUAGAGAAGUAAAGCUUACAAAGAAUGCCUAGAACAAGAACUUUUCAUCAUUAAAAAUUUUGCCCAGUGUUCUGAUAUGUGACUUUGAGGCCAAUGGGUCAUAAACAAAUAUAAGAAAGCUGUCAAUGAGUUUCUUCAAAGGAGGGAAAACUUUCUACGAAUCUAAGAUCCAUGGAGCUAGAAUUGUAGAACUAGGCUCAUCAGAAUUGUGACUAUUAUUGCUCCAUCAAACUGUGAAAAGAAAUGAUGUGGACCUUGCUGGAAACGAAGGCUUAGCGAACAAUUUUUGUUCAAUGCCCACCGAGACAUGUAGAAUUGGGAACUGAUACAUGUAUCCCUUAUAGGCUCAAAAAUUAUAUCUUACAAUUUCUUAUUUAGGGGGAAAUUAUUUGAAUCAGAUUCUAUUUAGUCAAAUCACCUUUUAUGUUUAUUAUUUUUGAAUUCAUGGAGCCAUCAUAAAAAUAUUUUUGAAAUCAGAAUUAUUGAUACCCUGUAGUGCAAAAUGUCAAUUUUUAAUGUAUAAUCAGAAGUCUGAAUUUUUAUAAAACAUAUAGCAUAAAAACUUCCAGUACUUUGGUUGACCCUUGUACGUCACAGCUCUGCUCUAUUUAUUAUUAUUUUGCAAAAUAACCAUUUUAACAUUUGAUAAGGCAUAUUUAUGAACAUAUUUCUUAAUAAGAAAAAUAUCCAUUUUAUUACCAUUUUCUAUCUUUUUCAAAAUAUGCAAGUUUUUACCUAUAUGUCUUAUAAUAAAAGAAAUAAAAUAUUUGAAAAAA